AUGGGUGCUCUACAGGAAUGGGUCAAAGCAGAACUCCUCACCCCCCGCCGUCUCUUGUUUAAUGUCCUCUGGUACCCCGGUCACGUCGCUAUCUUUGCCUAUGGAUGGUACAGCCAGGACGUCAACCCUGGUCUCAAGGGCCUGAACACGCUUCGGUUCUCCGUCUGGGUCUCUCGUGGUGCUGGUCUCGUACUCGCGGUCGAUGGCUUCCUCAUCCUCGUCCCCAUGCUGAGAAACAUUAUCCGCCUCAUCCGUCCCAAGUUGACCUGGUUGUUCCCCGCCGACGAAAACAUUUGGUUCCAUCGUCAGGUCGCUUAUUCGAUGGCAUUCUGGGCAAUGGUCCACACCACCGCUCACUAUGUCAACUUUAUCAAUGUCGAGCGUCGCCAAAUCCGUCCCGGAAACGCGCUCGAUAUCCACUACAGGCAGCCCGCGGGAAUCACCGGUCAUGCCAUGCUGUUCAUCAUGGUCAUCAUGUACAGCACUGCGCACCACAAAGUCCGACAGCAAUGCUUCGAGGCCUUUUGGUACACUCACCACUUGGCAUUCUUCUUCAUGAUCGGUCUCUACACCCACGCCGUCGGAUGCUUCGUACGUGGAACCAAAGAACCCGGCUUUACGAACACGUUCCCGUUCUAUGAUCCCAAGAUUUGCAUCGGCUACCUGUCGUGGCGCGCGCUUAUCUGGCCCGGUAUCAUCUACUUUGGCGAGCGUGUCUGGCGUGAAAUUCGCGCCCGUCGCGAGACCAAGCUCAGCAAGGUUCUCGUCCACCCAUCUGGCGCCAUGGAAUUCCGCAUCGUCAAGCCCAGCUUCAAGUACACCGCCGGCCAGUGGCUCUUCUUCCAGUGCCCAGAAGUCUCCAAGUUCCAGUGGCAUCCGUUCACGAUCACGUCCGCCCCUGAAGAUCCUUACGUGUCCGUCCAUAUCAGACAAGUCGGUGACUUCACGAGGGCUCUUGGAGAGCGCGUUGGUGCUACGCCCAGCGUCGUCGCUAGCCUGACUCAGGCAGCUAUGAAGGCCGCCGAGAAGGACAGUAAGGAUGCCGGAGGCAUGACUGGUCGUGGAGAUUUCGUCGAGCUGGAUCCAGCAGCCGCCACGCGCCCACUUCCAAUGAUCCGCAUCGAUGGUCCCUAUGGUGCGCCCGCAGAAGAUGUCUUCAAGUCCGAGGUGGCCGUUCUCGUCGGUGCUGGUAUCGGUGUCACGCCGUUUGCGAGCAUUCUCAAGCACAUUUGGUACAGGCAAAAGCGAGGCAGGCUCGGUGCGCUCCGCCGCGUCGAGUUUUUCUGGAUCUGCCGUGAUGCACCAAGCUUUGGUUGGUUCCAGUCGCUGCUCCAAGAGGUCGAGGCGGCGCAAAUGGACCCCAACUUUUUGCGCAUCAACCUCUACUUGACGCAAAAGCUCGACCAAAACACCGUCUGGAGUAUCGUCGUCAACGAUGCAGGCGCAGAGUAUGAUCCGUUGACGCUCCUCCGCACGCGCACAAUGUACGGUCGUCCGGAUUGGAAGUCGAUCUAUGGCAACAUUCGCUCGGCGAUUGAGUCUGGACAGUACCUCCCUGGUGCUUCGAGCCAGCUCAAGACGCGCGUUGGAACUUACUUCUGUGGACCUCCGGCGCUUGCCAAGACGAUUCGCGAGGCGGCAAUUGAAGCCAGCUCUGCGACGGUUCAGUUCACCUUUGCAAAGGAGCACUUCUAG